UUUUCUGGCUGGAGGAGCGAGCGGCUCUGUCGUCAGUUUCGGUAACAGUCAAACGACGAGGACGGCGGAAACGCACGUUGCUUUUAAAUGUUUUAAGCAGCUUUAAAGCUUUACAAGUUGCCUUUUAUUACACGUACAAACACGGAUAAUAUCCAGCACAGCAGAGGAGGUUUACAAUUCGUCCUCCUACGAGGAAAAGAAAGGGAAUACGGGAUUUUGUCGCUGCCUCUGUCCUUCCUGUUCAGCCUUUUGUUUGUCAUUGCUUCGCUCGAGCAGGCGACCGGUAGCGCCCCCGUGCGAGCCGACAGAAAAGAGCUCGAGGAUAGGGAGCCAAACGAGCGGCCGAGCCUCUUGCCUCCCGACCGACGUGGGUCCCCCCACCUCAGCUGUCCGAUGCGGAGUGAGGAUGAGUCCAGCUCUGGAAGCCCUAAUGCAGGCGGACGGGACUCCAUAUCCCGGAAAAGGGGUGAUGCUUGAGCCCUUCGUUCACCAGGUGGGAGGCCACUCCUGUGUGCUACGAUUUGGGGAACAAACAAUCUGCAAGCCCCUCAUCCCCCGGGAGCACCAGUUCUACAAAAGCCUCCCUCCAGAGAUGAGGAAGUUCACCCCUCAGUAUAAAGGUGUAGUGUCAGUCAGUUUCGAAGAGGAUGAGGAAGGGAACCUGUGCCUCAUCGCCUACCCCCUCCACAGCGAAUCAGGGGACCUGGAAAACAAAGAUCCCUCAGCAGACUGCGAGCCCAAGAGCAAGAUGGUGAAGUGGAGCAACAAGAAGCAGUCCCCGUUGCUUCUGGAAAAUGACAACUACAGCAAAGACCGAGCUCGACACAGUCGUAAAGAAGACAAGAUCAUGAGUUAUAAUCGUGAUGAGAUGCAGCAGCAGCAGCAGCAGCAGGCAGAGGUUCUCUACUUCAGCUUGGAGAAAGGAAAUGUGGUGCCACAGAUCAAACACAACCCCUGGAGUCUCAAAUGCCAUCAGCAGCACUUACAGAGGAUGAAGGAGAAUGCAAAGCACCGUAACCAAUACAAAUUUAUCCUUUUGGAGAACCUGACAUGGAGGUAUACAGUACCAUGUGUCUUAGACUUGAAGAUGGGAACUCGCCAACAUGGGGAUGAUGCAUCAGAGGAGAAGAAAGCCAAUCAAAUUCGCAAAUGUCAACAGAGCACAUCUGCCUCUAUUGGGGUGCGACUUUGUGGCAUGCAGGUGUACCAGUCAGACUCAGGCCAGCUGAUGUUCAUGAAUAAGUACCACGGCCGUAAGCUGACCCUUGCAGGCUUCAAGGAGGCUCUCUACCAGUUCUUCCACAACGGGCGUCGCCUGCGGCGAGAGCUGCUGUCCCCAGUGCUGCGUAGACUCCGGGAAAUGCAAGCCGCCCUGGAGGCCUGCGAGUCCUACCGCUUCUACUCCAGCUCCCUGCUCAUCAUCUACGACGGAGACCCUCCCAGGACUCCCACUAGACCUAGACACCGCGGUGGGGAAGAAGGUGAUGAGGAUGAGCCGUCUGAUGAGGAGGAGGAGGAAGACGAGGAAGAGGAAGGAGCCUUUGGUUUCCCUCGUUCCUCCUCAGCGGGUGGCAGUGCCAGUGUGGCCGGAGGGAGCAGCAACAGUGGCAGCAGUCGCUCAUCCCACAGCACAGGAGAGGCCAGCAGCCCCGCGGUGGACGUGCGCAUGAUUGACUUUGCUCACACCACCUGUCGGCACUAUGGAGAAGACAGUGUGGUGCACGAAGGCCAGGACAGUGGUUUCAUCUUCGGCCUCCAGAACCUGAUCACCAUCAUCUCCCAGCUGGAGGAUCACAGUACUGACUGAGGCUGCACUGGCGCCAACAUGGUCUAAAUUUUAAGCAUGGGAAGAGCUCACUGAGCUGAAACCCUGCUGCUUCAAGGUGCAUCGUCCUUAUGUCUACAUGGGGGUCUGAUCCUCCUCUGCUUGGAGGGAACCUCAGACACCUCUGGGGCAGAGGAGAGUCUGUGUGGUCGUCCCUGCGCGCUCUUUUACCUGCCAGAGGACAGGGCUGCCUGUGCCCUUACUUUGCACUUUGCUCUUUCUGAGACUGCUCCUUUUUUCUUUGUUAGACAUGGUAGGAGAAAUGUUGUAUGAGACGGCAGUCUCUCAAACACAGGGACUCCUGUAGCAUCCUAGGACCCUCCUCCCCCUCUUUUCCUCUGGUACAGUCAAGUUGCUUUAUUGUUAAGUUCUCUCUGAGAGAGAAAGCGAGGCAGAGUUAAUUGAAGCUCAAAUGUAGUUCUAGGAGCCUGACGUGGUGCUUUACCUGUGAUAGGACAUACGUUUUGGGGGGGUUAUGGAUGGAGGUUUGGACUGACGGUCCCCAACAGCACAACACAUUAUUAGGGGGGAAGUUGGCUGUACAAGGUCAUCAGCCUUGUAGCAAAUGACAGCUUAAGCUUCUGAGGAUAUUUUGUGUUUUUAUAUUGGUGUCUCUUAAGACCCUCGUCACAAACAUGGUUUGUGUUUCCACCAGGUGCUCGGAUUUACACUUUUUGGUGGAAGAAGAUUAUUUAGAUCUAGAAGAAGGGAUUUGCCUUUUUUCAACAGCUGUUCUCCCCUGUACCUUUUUGCCUAUAAACGAAAGACUUUUUGAAAAGGAGAUAAUAUCCUUGUUUUGUCACUGUCUUUGUUUUCGUCUGAUUUUCUCCUCUUCAUUCCUGAAACUUUGACUAAACAAAGAGAAUAUAUUGAUUAAAAACACUAGCUACAAAGACUAUAUAAAGACUAUUUAUUUGAAAGGAUUGUUUAAAAUGGAAACAUCUACAUUCCAUAUUACCACUUUAAAUGUUCUGUUCUGAUACCGAUUUUGAUUUAUUUUAUUAUUGCAAGAGCUGAUACCUCUCUUGUAUACCUGUGUGUUAACAGUGUCUUGGAAAAUAAAGGCAUUCAUUUGUGGUAAAA